UUCUUCCUCUCGCUCUCCGGCGCUGCCAGCACUGAGCAGGAGCGGAACGAGAAGCGCUGCGCCUCCGGGUCAGGCUUGUGAGGCCUUUGUGGUUAUACUUUAACCGGUCGUGCCUUGGCUAUGGCACUUCUGGCCCGAGCGCCCCGUCCGCUCCUCUUCGGCUGGGCGACUGCGAGCAGGACGAUGGCGACCAGCCCCAAGAAAGCGGUGGAUUUCUUCUACGACGUGCUGUCUCCCUAUUCCUGGCUGGGCUUCGAGAUUCUCUGUCGAUAUCGUAAUAUCUGGAAUAUUGAUCUACGUUUACGGCCUGUUUUCCUUGGAGGAAUAAUGAAAGAGAGUGGUAACAAGGCCCCAGCAUUGCUGCCUAGGAGAGGAGUAUACAUGAAUAACGAUAUUAUGCGGAUGGCAAAGUUCUGCCAGGUGCCAUUGCAACUACCAAAGGAUUUCAUGGGGACCGUUAUUGAGAAAGGCAGUCUAUCUGCUAUGCGUUUUAUCACAGCUGUGGAUUUAACACAACCUCAGUUUGUAGAAGCUGUGUCUAGAGAACUUUGGAUGCGCAUUUGGUCUCGGGAUGAAGACAUUACCCAGCCAGAAAAUAUUUUGACAGCUGCAGGGAAAGCGGGAUUAUCCUCAGACCAAUGCAAGAAGCUUCUGGAAAUGGGCAGCUCACCUGAAGUGAAGAAUCGUUUGAAAGCAACAACAGAUGAAGUCCUAAAAUACGGGGCAUUUGGGCUGCCAUGUUCUGUUAUCCAUGUUAACGACAAGCCCCAGCUUCUCUUUGGUUCAGAUCGAUUAGAAUUACUGGGAAAUCUCUUGGGAGAGAAAUGGCUGGGACCAGUCCCCACAGCUUCUAAACUCUAAGCUUUUAGAGCUCAGAAGAACACCAGGACAUCAAAGCAACAUGAUCAGCAACCAUCAAUGCAGUUGAAUGAGGAAUAAAUGUUAAAUGCCACUAUCACAACAGUCAUGAUUAAUAAUCACAGAUUUGAUUAUGUUUAGGAUGUUGUGUGUUGCUGAGAUAACCAAUAAUCUCUGUGGAAGAAUACUUGUACAGGGGAGACAUAAUUACUAGAAUGUAAGAUGUGAACUAGCUAUAAGUUUAUCAGGAAUGGCAGGUUCUUGGGGAGGAUUUUGGACUGCUCUGGGCAGUGUGGGCAACUCUGCAUCCAUUGUCUCAGAUAGUAUUCAGAAGCAAAGGCUAGGAGUUUUUUUUAAAAAAAAUUAGAAUGAGAGAGCAGCUAUGAUCUCUAUGCCUUCCGUUCACACUAGUGCCUUCUCUAGAUUUCCUUGCAAUUAUUUCUGUGGUCAUUUUAAUCUAAUUUGUAAAAUCUUUAUUUCAAAGCUGAAUUAAAAAUUCACUUAAUUUUCCA